GCUACGUCACACUGUAAAGUUGCCUUUGGAGCCUCUCAUUGUAGCACGCGCAGUCCUCCGGCCCGAAGCCCUACAGUUCCUGUCAAGAUGAGUGAGGUACAAACGAAUUCGGAGCAAGCGGAUGCAAGUCUCAAUUCGCAGUCGCAAGAUGGAGCCUACCAUCACGCAGCGCAGGCAGAGAUGGGAAAUGGAGGAGGCAGCGAGGCAGUCUACAUGCAGCAGUCAUCUCACAAUGCAAUGGGUCCAUCCACAAACGGCUCAGGCAGGCCCUACAACCCUUACCAGCCGAUGCCACAAGAAUUCGCGCAGGGAAACAUGCACAUGUAUGCCAUUGCAGGUCCUUCGUCGGCCUACUAUGAUCCAAAUGGUCUGCCUACCUACUACACCGCUCAACCUCACCAAAUGUAUUAUCAACAGACGUAUCCUCAACAAUAUGGUCAAGUGUACGGACACUCUCCCUAUGUCUCCGCGCCGUUGCCGAAUGAAGGCUACCAACAUCCACAUCCCCCUCAGUACGCUCAGUCGAGGCCUGAUGGCUAUGCAAACCGAUAUCAGCAUCAAAGAGGAGGCGCCAGACAGAGCAGCGGAUAUCGCAACAUGGGCCCGAAGCGCUCGUCUGAGCCUGCUGCAUCGUGGCAAGCUUCGACGAGCGGUGUAGCUCACAAUCAAGGCGGCGCUGCAAACAAUACGAGUGCUAGUCCUGGUGCAAGAUCCGAAGCUGGGCUACCGCCGGAAUCGGCCUCUCCGAGCACUGGCUCUGGCGUUGGCGGGACGGAGACACCAGAUCGAGCGGCUGAUCGAACCACUUCAACCGAUGUCUCCUUCUCAGCAAGGACCGGAACGACGACUUCGCCUGCUCGAUCUCUGAGCUCCUUGCCUCUCAAUUUGAAACUUCCUGCAAAGCCACCGCCUUCUACUCACGUUUCAACUCAACAAUCUCAACCUCAAAGUGGUCUCUCCAGUCCUGCUCUUGGCGCCACCUUUCACGGGCCGCAAGGCGCGGGUAUCAGUAGCGCAGCAAUACACGGCGGCGGCGGACUGGCUCAUCCAAAGGUCUCUGCGGAGACGUCAAGCAGCGCACCUCAGCAUCACCCUACUACCUUGCGAGCUUUUACGCAAGGAGGCAUCGGUGCUGGCGCCCCUGAAAUCGUCCGACAAACACCUUUGUCUCGCUUUCCACCUCUGCCGAACUUCCCUCAGCUUCCGGAUCCUGGGGCUGAAGAUCAGGCGGGAGAGCUGCGAAAGGCCUUGGAGAGGGCAAAGAAGAGGGACGAUGCUUGGAUUUUGAGACUCGAAGCCAUUGGCUUUGAACCUGAGGAAGCUUGGAAAGCUUUUCGAAGGGAGCAUGGGCGGAACGACGGUGAACAGGGACCGUAUGUCACCGACACCACGUCCGGCAAUCUUGCAACCUCUCCAGCAGUGGAAUCGGACCGGAUUGCUGAACAUGACACUCCCGUCCAAGCUGGGGACAAUGAAGCGGUCAGGAGAGAACCAAUCUUAGGAAUUAGAUUACUGCAACGAGUGCACGAUUUGCAAGAGGAGAAUCAAGAGCUUGAGGAGAUGCUUCGAGCUCAAUUCCGGGACGUAAGAACGUCUGGGACCGGUCAGCCAAAUGCUACGACUGGGCACUCAGAGGACCUGACUUCUGAGCUUGAAGAUGCUCAUCGAUUGAUAGAAGCGUUAGAUAAAGCUCUGACUGCAGAGUCGGCGAGAGCCGAAGCUGCCGAGUCUGCCCUCUCCAUCGCCUGCGUGCAAAAUUCGACUUCUCUGUUGUCUUUGGACGAUGCGCAUGCAUCUUUAGCGCCGGCGCCAAGCCCUACCGUCUUCCUUCCUAGCAGCGGCGCCAAGUCGACAGGGGAUGGUCUGCAACUCGGGCAGGCUGCUGCGAGCCCUCAAUUGGUCACGCGUGGCACUGCCAAUUCGACGCCGUAUCAGACGCCCGAGCUCGAUGUGGCCUCCUUUGAGUAUGAGUUGGCACAGGGUGCGGACAAUUUUCCGCUCGAGAAAGAGACGGACAGCAUGGAGCAACAAGAGCCGAUCAAGGCCCAGCUGGGAGGCGGUGCAGAGGGAUGGACCCAGGCUGGCUCUGGACGUGGCAAGGGUAGAUCACGCAGAGGUACUGGAAAAGCAAGAGGCAAGUAGCCGCCAUUGCUCCGAACAGCUUUUUCAAAUUUCCAACGUUUGUGA